CAGUAAAAAGCUGAAAAGGCAGCCUCAUCCCGUUCAUUUCAUAAACCCCAGAAUUCAUUAAAUAUUCCCGUUUCAGGAAAUUUUCAAUCAAUGGCGCCUGAUUCUAAAUCGAUUGACGGAACUGCAGUCGACAACACUCUCCAAGCUAUCUGCUACAAACGUGGUUCCCUUCAGUUGCUUGACCAGAUAAAACUCCCUUUGGAAACCGUGUACUUAGAUAUUCAAGGUUCAAUUGAUGGAUGGAACGCAAUUCGAGAUAUGGUGGUUCGAGGGGCGCCUGCUAUGGCCACAGCGGCUGCCCUUUCACUGGCGGUUGAAAUUGCCAACUUAAUGGACUUUAAGGGGACAUCUAAGGAUGCUGCUUCUUUCCUCGAAACCAAAUUAGAAUAUUGUCACAAGGAAAGACAAGCAGCCAACCUUCAUCCUUCAUGCAUGCACAAUGGUCUCAAAAUUCAUUAUAUUAUAUGCCAACUGUGCCUCCUCAUGCUACAUCAAAUGUCAGCAAGCACCAAUCGGGCUACCUCAACCGAUUCCAUCAAGUUGCAUUCACCAAUGUCAAAAUGGAUUUCACCUAAACCAUUGAAAUAA